CAUACAGUCCCACAGGUGGCGCAGUGUUCAGUAUUGUGUGUCUUAUUCUACUAUUUUUGUGCUGUGCUUCUAAGAGGCUGACUGUGGAGAGUGCUGGUUAUUAUAAGUGUAGAGGAAUUAUCUGGUGGCUAAGUAAUAUUUGAAGGCAUUUCGGAGUUUCUCUGUGAUCAACACAAGUCAACAUGAGUACUGCUACACAGAGGAAAAGACGAACAUCAUCUGCUACAUGUUCCCGGCGUGGAAACGGCAAGAGGAGCCGGACCCAGAUGUCUCAAACAGCGAUGGAGACCAUUGAUGUGCUGGAAAGUGACAGAACUAACAGUGGAGAUGUGGUAGAUUUAACAUGUGAAGGGUCUGAACCUGCGGUUGUUGACCUCACCAAUAAUGAUUCUAUUGUGGUUGUGGAAGAUGGUGUGCAAAGCAGACGCGGACAGGGCCCAGAGAGUUAUGUACUGAGCAGUGAUGAAGAGGAAGAGUCCAGUCUUAGACUCAGUCCAGGCUUACUUUCCUCUCUACAUGCCAGCUCACGAGCCAGGUCUACACCAGGGGCUGUUAGCUGUCCUGUUUGCAUGGAUGCUUAUUCAGAGAUCAUCGAGAGCGGUCGACUCAUGGUCUCCACAAAGUGCGGCCACCUUUUCUGCAGUCAGUGCAUCCGCGACUCUCUCAACAGAGCUCACAGCUGUCCUACAUGUAGAAAGAAACUCACACACAAACAGUAUCACCCAAUAUAUAUAUAAUAGUAAAAACUCAUCUUACAAAUGUGUGUAGUACGCUCUCAUGAAAGAACUUCACAGCUCCAUAUUUUCACUGGCUGUUUGAUAUUUUACACAUCAAUGCCGAGAUGAUAUUUGGCAUUAUUUUGUCUUGUGGGAUUCUGUUGGAGCUAAAAGGGCACUUAGAAUUAAGUAUUUUUAAAUUCUCUCUCUCUCUCUCUCUCUCUCUCUCAAUAUAUAUAUACACAUACAUACACAUACACACACACACACACACACACACUGUUUUGUGAAGGAGUUUUGGGAAUAUAUCCUGACAUUGAAUAGUCUGGGUUUAUGGUUUAAAGCUGCUAUAUUAAUAUUUUUGUCAGCUAUAUUGUUUGUAGUAUUGAAUACAUCAUUAGAUUCCAGUUCAAAUAAUAAAAAAUAAAAAAAAUGAAUGACCAACUGUUACAAGUAGGAUCUUGUAAUGUUAGUUUAGUCUUGAACAAUAUAGCUUCCUGCUGUGAUGGUCUCCAUUCUUGUUUAGUGAAAUUUGUAAGCCUGUAAUGAUAGUUUGGGGCGCAUCGCCUUCACCUGAUGGACAACUUUUAGGUUGCCCUCCCCCUGUAUCUUUUCUCAUUUGUUUGUAUAUCCUUCGUACCAGCCUUGUUAGCUUUAACUGUCACUCAUAGUUAACUUGUUUUCAUUCAUUGUCUGUGUAUUUGAUCGGAAUCCAUAUUCAGAUACUUAUUUUGGCAUCAAGCAUAUUGUUGCAUUCAAAUGAGUUUGAGGGAACAAUAAAUGCUGACUAUGUAAAUGUGCUUUCAUCUCAGAAGACCUCUUCAACUGAUUGUUUACUCAGAGGUCAGAGAAGUGAAUGGUAAAUACUUCUUGACCGGUUAGCUGAGGGUGACUGGAGGACUAAAGCUAACAAGGCUUGUUUGCCAACUUAUAUGUGUUAAAUGUUAAUAUUUGUAUAUACUUUAAUGUAUAAAGGACCUGUAAGUUAAGAGGUGUUAGUAAUAGAAAGACCACAACAUUUAUUUCAAUAAACAUUUUGAUCGCU